AUGGCUUGCUGUCUGAAGGACGAGCUCCUGUGUUCCAUCUGCCUCAGCAUCUACCAAGAUCCAGUCAGUUUUGGGUGCGAGCACUACUUCUGCCGCAAGUGCAUCACUGAGCACUGGAGCCGGCAGGAGCCGCACGGCGCCCGCGACUGCCCCGAGUGCCGACGCAGCUUCGCCGACCCGCUGCUGUCGCCCAGCCUCAAGCUGUCUAACAUCGUGGAGCGCUACUCGGCCUUUCCGCUCGACGCCAUUCUUAACGCCCAACGCAGCUCGUACCCCUGCAAGGACCACGAGAAGGUCAAGCUCUUCUGCCUCACUGACAAGAGCCUGGUGUGCUUCUUCUGCGACGAACCGGCGCUCCACGAACAGCACCAGGUCACCACCAUUGACGAGGCGUACGAAGAAAUUCAGAGAGAGAUGAAAGAGCAGCUGGCCACACUGCAUGACAGCGAGAAGGGUCACACCGAGGCCCUGCAGCUCUUGCAGAGACAGCUCACUGAGACUAAGUCUUCAGCCAAAGGUCUGCGCGCCACCAUCGGCGAUGCCUUUGAGCGCCUUCACCGCUUCCUACGCGAGCGUCAGAAGAGCAUGUUAGAAGAACUAGAGAUGGACACGGCGCGUAAGCUAACCGACAUCGAGCACAAGAUCCAACGCUAUAGCCAGCAACUACGCGACGUCAAGGAGGGCAUCCAAAUCCUGCAGGAGCGGCUCAAUGAGACGGGACGCCACGACUUCCUUGAAGGAGUGGCCAUCACAUCUGAGAGGAUUAAAGGGAAGAUCCAUGAGACCAAUCUGACUUAUGAAGACUUUCCGACAUCCAAGUACAUGGGGCCUUUGCAGUACACCAUCUGGAAGUCACUAUUCCAGGAUAUUUCUCCAGUGCCCGCCGCUUUGAUGCUGGACCCCAUCACGGCUCACCAAAGACUGAUCCUUUCGGACGACUGCACCAUCGUGGCCUACGGGAACCUCCAUCCGCAGCCGCUGCAGGACUCGCCACGACGCUUUGACGUGGAGGUGUCGGUCCUCGGUGCCGAGGGCUUUGCGUCCGGCGUACACUACUGGGAGGUGAUGGUGUCAGAGAAGACCCAGUGGAUGAUCGGCGUAGCGAGCGAAACGGUGAGCCGCAAGGGCAGCAUCCAGAUCCAGCCCGGCCGCGGCUUCUACUGCAUCGUCAUGCACGACGGCAACCAAUACAGCGCCUGCACCGAGCCUUGGACCCGUCUCAAUGUCAAGAGCAAGCUCGAGAAGGUGGGCGUCUACCUGGACUACCCCAAAGGCCUGCUCAUCUUCUACAACGCGGACGACAUGUCCUGGUUGUACACCUACCGUGAGAAAUUCCCGAUGAAGGUCUUCCCUUACUUCAGUCCGGGCCAAAGUCACGCCAACGGCAAGAACGUACAGCCUCUGCGGAUUAACACCGUGCGCCUUUAG